AUGUCCAUUUCCACCCUCCAAGACAAAGUCGCGAUAGUGACCGGCUGCAGCUCCGGCAUCGGCCUAGCAACAACGCGUCUGUUUCUCGAGCGAGGCGCCUCAGUUUUCGGCAUAGACAUUGGCGCACAGCCGCAAAAGCUCGCAGAAGACUAUUCGACAUUCACAUUCUACCAGACUGAUCUCACCGAAUCCCAAGCUGCAGAACAUGCGGUGGCGAAGUGCGUUGGCAAGCACAACCGCAUUGAUGUCUUGGUCAACUGCGCAGGCGUGAGCGAUGGCUGGAGUAGUGCGGACACGAUUCACGAGGAAGAGUGGGAGAGGGUGAUGUCGAUCAAUCUGACAGUACCGAUUCGCAUGAUGAAGGCGGUUCUGCCGGCGAUGAAGGAGCAGAAGGGUGGUGCGAUUGUCAACGUGGGUAGCAAAGCGGGGACUUCGGGGGCAAGUGCGGGAAUCGCGUAUACUGCUAGCAAACACGGUCUGGUCGGUGCUACGAAGAAUGUGGCUUGGCGCUUCCACAAGGAAGGCAUCCGGUGCAAUGGUGUGCUGCCCGGCGGUGUUGCGACCAACAUCGCUUCGUCGGUCCAGAUGGAGCACUUCGAUUCUGCUGGCUUCAACGCGUUCUUUCCCAUCGUGCAAAUGCACGUAUCGAAAGACAGUGAGGGUACACCGGUUCCCUACAUCGGAGUAGACAACGUCGCCCGUGGCAUUGCUUUCCUCGCUUCAGAAGAGUCGACUAUGAUCAACGGCGCAAUGAUACCGAUCGAUAAUGCCUGGUCUACCAUAUAG